UCUAUGCUCCUUGGUUAGACGCAUUUGAGCCGCUCUUGUUUCAUCAGCUUCGUCUUCAGAUACGAGAACUUUCCGAAGGCAGCUGAUGAAGCCCCAAUGACGUGUUUCAAUGAAAGUCGGACAUUCAGUGAACUGGGACGAUCAGCGUCUUUAAUAGACACAACAGACCGACUUUUGUGCUAAUAUGAGCAGUGUCCCGCCAAGUCUAACUAAACCCGAAAGGAUCCCACACGUACUGUUGUCACAACGCUACCUUCACUGCAAUCCACAUCAACUCAAGAAGAAGGGCAGGCUGAAUCGGCAACUUGUCCUGGGAAGAAUCUGUUGGAGACUGAUGACUUAGAAAUCAAAAUAUCAUCUGAAGAAGAUAUGAGAUUCUUGUUUUCCGUUGAGCGCUUGUCGUCCAGCGGAUGACUGCCGAAACAUAUGUGCACAGUCAUUUGCAUAUUCGUGACGAGAUAAAUGCGACAGUAACGCCUAUGAGUGACGAGAAUGACAACGAGAAGCAUAAAUGACUCAAUGACGAAGUUGUCACUGGCUGUUGUACAAAUAUUAGCGGACAACAUUGUCAGAAAAACGUCAAAAACAUGACCGCAGUGUCGCAGAAUGACAGUGGAAAUGAGACACAGAGCACUAAAAUCCACAAAACUCUGCAAAGACAGGUUUCUUCUUCCGAGACCGUCGAAAAUGUAUCGUUAAACCCUUCUGAUGUUCAGCGCCUUGAGUUCCAGUCCGAAGACUCGCAGAAACAAGAAACAAGCCAGGAUAACAGUGCCUUCAAGGUCUUCGACAAUCCACAAACCGACCAAGACGUGCACCCGGUGCCUACUCUACAAAUCACAGAUGGAGUCCCGACGCUUACCACUGAAAACGAAGCCAAUGUUGACACUAACGUAAUGUUAUCCUCUUGUGAGCUUCUGAUCCGACCUAGGCAUCGUAGACCCAAACCGGGUCGGCUUGCUAAAGCCAGCAGAAUCUAUAGAGCUGAGCUACAGGCAUAUUUAGACAAACAGCAGCAGAAAGAGGAGGAAAAACAGCAACAGCAGCAAAGAUGGCAAAGAUAUGGCGGCUACAGGUUUACAAAAAGUCGGCUAAGCCAACCCGGUGAAAAAUCCGGUGAAGCAAAGCCUAAGAAAGCUUCCUUGCAUGAGGUGAAAAUGCUCCACGAAAAUAAGUCUGGUGGCUUGGAGAUACCCACAGUGAAACAGCAGACAUCUUCGCUUUCAAGCGACUCCAAACGGCUACAAGACGACAGUACAUUUUUGUCCAAAAGGUACAACAAGUGCUUGCAGCAACUGACUUCUGACACUUCACUACCACUCCCGACAAAACGCAAGGCCGACCUUCUAGCAGGUAGCACUACGAAUACUCGACCACAAAGCUCUAACCAUGACAAUAGCGCUUUUCAGUCAGAAAUUCAGUCUAUGCACAGCUACCAAACUCUUGAAACAGUUGACAGUGUUAACAUAGCCUCCCCAGCUAAAGGCAAAUCCUACCUACAAUUGAAUACGCAAAGCUUUGACCAUGGAAAUAGCACGUUUCAGUCAGAAAAUCAGUCUAACAUACAGUCUAUGCACGGCUACAACACUCCUGAACCAGUUCACAGUGUUAACAACGCUUCUCCAACAAAAAGCAAGUCCUACCUUCAAUUGAAUAUCCCCCAAAAGCCCAAACGAAGCCGACUUGCGGAGGCAAGUAGAGUUUACAGGGCAGAGCUUGAAGCCUACUUGUUAGAGCAACAGACGAGAGAAAGCGAUGUAAACAAAGCAGCGACACAUGCAUAGGGAGACUAUAUAGCUGUUUGUGGCCAGACAAGUUGCCUAGAUCUAAUACAAAACUUUCCGGGAAAAUGUUGCCCAAUGUAUAGAUAUGGCAUUCAUUAAAAACUCAGUGAUAGUUGUUACCGUUGUUUUGAUGAAAUGUUACCUUUUUGAACGCCAUGUAGGGAGAUGUCUCUCUUUUUUGUGUUUACAAUGUUUUGUGAAUAUCAUGGGAGGCAUCGUCGCUUUUGUAUUUGUAUUUGCAAAAUAUGCAUUUUUGUAUUCUGUAUUUGCAAAAUAUGGGACCCAACGUAACAGAAUUUUCGAUGCGGCAUUUAUACAAUGUAUUUUGAUGAGAAGCGUCCUUGCUUUUCAUUUGUUUGAUAAUAUAGGGCCCAACGUUACAAUGUUUUCGAUGCUGCAAGAAUUUAAAGGAUGUAUUAAUGAUGAAAAUAAAACACCCCGGAUAUGCCGAAAUGCCC